UUUAAUGAAACAUCAUAUAAUGAAUAUAAAAAUAAAAUUAACGAACAAAUAUGUGAUGGCGCACAAUCAAAUAUUAAUGUAACAACUGCAGAUGAAUUGGCGAUUAUGAUUGAAAAUUUCACGUGUAAUUUUGUUUAUAAAAUCAAUAAUUUAAUUUUAAAUGACCCGUCUCACUCACAUCUUAUCGCAAGAAGGAAUCAAUAUCAUCAUCGUGACAAGAAAAAUGUACCAAAUCUUAAAAUUUGGGACGUUCCCAAUGUGACAGAUGACUUUGAGAACAUGAAUACUAGAAGACUAUUCCAAGGUCGAAAGAUUUCUGCACACAAAUUUCCGUUCAUAGCAAGCGUGCAUGUGAACAACGAGUUUGUCUGUGGUGGUUCCAUCAUCGCAAGAUGUGUUGUCAUCACUGCUGCGACAUGUUUAGAAAAUGACGAAGAUCUCUCCUCAAAGCCUCAACCUGUGUUUGUCAGGGUAGGCAGUGAUUACGCAAAUCGAGGUGGUAAGAAGUAUCAAGUUACAGCUGUGCAUAUACAUUCAGAAUAUGAUCCAACGAACUUGGUAAAUAACUUGGCCAUCCUCAAACUAGACUGUGACAUGGAAAAUGAUGAAAAACAAACAAAAAAGACAAAGAUAAGACGCAUAGAAUAUGAUACAUUACCUGAACAGAUUCCUAUAAAUGUCGAUGAAGUUACUGCACUGGGUUGGGGAGCUAAACAUAUAGAUGAUGACAACUUCUUAUCAGAGCGUCUUUCCUACUCGCAUUUAAACAUGUACCACAUCAAAGAUUGUCAGAGUUUAUACACUGAGAAGUAUGUGACACUGAAACAUUUUUGUGCCGGAUUUAUUUCAAAAGGCGGUGGAGCAUGCAACAGAGACGUUGGCGGCCCAGGCAUUCUAGAAGGCCUGCUAGUGGGGGUAAUUAGCUUCGGUUCGCCUGUUUGUGGCAUCCCCGACGCACCCACUGUCUUCACUAAGCUCGGAUAUUACACAAAUUGGAUAGAAUCUGUCCUUGAAGAGGAUCAACCCUUAAAUGACGACGAAGAUGUAGAAAAAGCAAAUCAAAUAUUAGCACUAAUUCAAAGUUAUUAUAAAGAAAACAGAAAAGAUUUAAAUAAUCGUGUGGCGACAGAAAGAACGCAAACAAUUGACAAAACGGAUGAGGAAGACGCAGAUACAAACAUUAUUAAUGCUGUACAGCUGACGUCACAUGUAGAAGUUCCGAAUUUCAUAAAAGAUCUGUACCGUAGUCUCCCAACGAAAUUAAUAAAUCUGUUUGCGAAAAAUCUCGGUCAAGACCCAGGAAUAUCAAACGAUGGUAUAGAAGCAAACGAAAGAGCAAAAACUAAUGCAGAUUCGAAGGAGAAUUUAGAUUUGAUUUUCCUACCUGACACAAUUGAUAUUCCAAAAAAAUAUCAAACGGCUUCUAAGAUUCGUAUAAACAAGUCACAAAGAAAUGCGAAAACAACGAAGGAACCAAAGAACUUUGAUAAAAAAGAAUCGCAUCAAGAUGUUUCGCGCAAUUAUGAAAGUGAUUCAGAUUUAAGUUAUAAUAUAGAGAUUGGUAUGAGUAUUGCAAAUAAGUAG